UUUUGCCAACCUUAGAAUCCCUGAGUCACUUGCUGUAGUAUUGAUUUUAGUGUAUAAAAAGGCUUUGCGGAGGCAUCAGUUAUGGGUGUUUUUUUGGAGAAGCUCAAAACAUGCAGGCUGACACUUGGAUGACGCUGGUCAGGCUUCUGGGGAAAAAAAGGAAGCCUUUCUCAGGAUAAAGACAGAAACCAAAUACCAAAACUUACCUGGGUACAGCAGAAGUCACAGUCCUGGAUGGUGAGAGUGUGACUGUGGUCAGUCGGCCUAACUUGCCCUCAGAGAGAACCCGGUCUAAACAUGGAAGUUAGUGGGUGGAGAGGACUGACGUGAAGAGGCAGUAUCAAUACCCUGUGCUCCAGAGCGCAGUUGUAAACCUUUAACUUCGGUGGGAUUUUCGUGCAACUUUAUCACCUGGCUAGCGGGAUGAUUGAGCUGGACUCGAUGGCCGAGGGAAGCAGCCCGAUCGAAGAGAUGAUGGAGUUGACCGCACAGAGUCUGUGUCAACUGGAAAUCAAAGAUCAUUUCAACAUCAUUAAAGAGAUCGGCCGCGGGAAAUACGGGCGCGUGCUGCUGGUCACCCAUCGCUGCCGCGGCACGCCCAUGGCUCUGAAGGUCCUGCCCAAAGCAUCCACCAAGCUGAAGGGCUUCUUGCGGGAGUACUGCACCUCUCUUCAGCUGUCUUGUCACCCGUGCAUCGUGGGCCUGUUUGGCAUCGCCUUCCAGUCCAACGAGCACUAUGGAUUCGCCCAGGAACUAGUGGUCGGCCGUGACCUGUUCGCCAUCAUCCAGCCUCGGGUGGGUAUCCCAGAGUGUGCUGUGAAGCGCUGCGCGGUGCAGCUGGCCAGCGCCCUGGCGUACAUCCACCGCGUGGGCCUGGUGCACCGCGACAUCAAGCCCGAGAACGUGCUGCUGCUGGACACCCACUGCCGGCACGUCAAGCUGGCCGACUUCGGCCUGACGCAGAAACGCGGCACGCUGGUGCGCUUCAUCUCGGGCACGCUGCCCUACAUGGCGCCGGAGCUGUGUGCCAUGGCCCUGGAGGAGGGCGGGGAGGAGGCGAAGGCGCCCCCGCUCAGCGUGCAGCCCAGCCUGGACACGUGGGCCUUUGGCGUGCUGCUUUUCUGCAUCCUCACGGGCUUUUUCCCUUGGGAGCGCUGCGUUGACGACGACGACUUCUAUGAGGAGUUCGCUGCCUGGCGGCGGGACCCGGCGGGCGCCACCGCACCCACACAGUGGAGGAGGUUCACACCAACAUGCAUGGAGAUGUUUGGGAGGCUGCUGGCACUAGACGCCGGCGAGAGGGGCUCGGCCGAGGACGUGAAAGGCUUCGUGGGAGAGGAGUGGGUGAGGGAGAGGAGCCUGAGCAUGCAGCCUGAGCAGGGAGCGACAGUUCCAGCCGCAGAGGUCCUGACCCCCUGCUGCAGUGGACCAGUGCCACACUGAGGCUGUGAUGGGACUUUCUGGAGACCAGUGGGUGUGGAAUGCAGCCUCGAUUAAAAAUCGCUUCACCUGAAAUAUCCUCCUGUCAUAGGAGUUUCCACGUAAAAUGCUGAGUCAUGCUUACUGGUUUUCAUUCCCUGAUAGCUCCAUUAGCAUAUCUGGGGUACAGUGUCCCUUUAAGAUUUAGUGCUCAUUGCACUGCAAGCUGACGGGAAUAUUUCUAUUCAGACUGACUGUAGUAGCAAACUGAAAUAACAAUUUUAUUGUCAGAUUUAUGAUCCAUAGGGUGGGAAGUAAAAAUGCACAAUAAACUCACCUCCAGAGUUCCGUGAACUUGUACAGGGUUCAAAUGAGCCAGGGCUGUAGAGUGCAGGUUGUGUUAACUGUGAGUCAUCUCCAGCACACGGGUGUAAAUAGAAUACGUUUACACACUUUUCGUCUCGGCUACAGUUAUAUUCAUGCAGACUCAUGGCAUUAGAAUUGUUUUUCUUUGCGAAUAACAAUAUAUUUGUGGUAAUGAACAACUUAGACAGCUAGGAGCCUUAAAGUUCCUUAAAGUUCAUGUAAAAUGGUCUUUGUUUUAUUAUGAUUGCAGUGAAAAGCUGUAGCUCUAUUUGUAUAAAAGACAAUUAAACUGCAUGUUGACGCUUUGGCUUUAGGUCAUGCUCUUGCAGGAAUUAUAAUCAAUACAUCACUAGACUUUUAAACUGCUUUUUAACGGCUCACUUAACUGCUGUUUAUGCAUAACAUUGGUGAAGGCGGCAGAUUCAGGUUUCUAAGUGCUUGGAAGUGCAAGCCAUCCCAGUUUUUUUUCUUUCAGACCCACACACACACACACACACACACACACACUCCAUGCCCCAGGGGCCUUCACCUUCUUGCACAGAAUAAUCUCUUGGCAUCUGCUGCAGCUGGUAUGCCAGUGAUGGACAGUGUGAGUGCGAUGGUGCUUGCUGGCAUCUGGCGCAGUCCAGGCCUGUGUGUCCCGUGGGCCGGGGGCCUUCUUGGCUUGCAUCCCCUGGUCAGCAGCUCCACGCAAUUUACAGCAUAUUUAGAGGGUUACACAGACCGGGAUCACAUUAAUAAAACCUGGCAGCUAUAAAGCCACAAGUGAAAAAUAUCACACCUUUGUGAGAAGCAAUGCCAAUUAAAACUCCAGAGUGCUUUAUAUUCCACAGCUAUAGAUCUACAUUAAAGUGAACACAGCAGCAUUACGAGGCACCUGCAUGUUUGUCUUGCCUUAGAUUCUGUUUCAGCACUCUGCAAAUAAAGUUUUCAG